AUGUUCGAACCCCACGCCACUGUGAGCUAUGUCUGGGGAGAGGGCCGAGACCAUAGGACAACAUUGGCCAACAUGCAAGAUCGGGCGGAAAUCGGAUGGCCUAGCUUAUACCACCUACAUACUCCUCAAGGCGCUUCGCCAGAGUAUCAGUCUCGUGAGCGGCGUAUGGAUCAGUUGGAACCUCAACGCUCGUGCCAUGCACUUGAUCUAUGGCAACCGACGUUGACUAUCUGUGCCACAGUUGGGGCUAGCGCGAAGACUGGAUUGUUGGCUCUUGAUGAGAAGAAAAACACUAAUCAAAAGAUCGCAAAGUGCGUCAAGGGCGUCCAUCUUGUACUGCAUCAACCACCCGAGAUAAGUAUGGAAAGCUCAGCCUGGAAUCAACGUGCAUGGAUCUUUCAAGGGCGCCUCCUUUCUGGACGCUGCCUCAUCUUCACUGGCCGCCAAGUUAACUUCCAGUGUCGUUCAACGGGCAUGUCAGGAGCCAUCUUUGCUGAUAAGCUCGACCAAGGAUGGCCGUUGGAGAACCCCAUCGAUGCCAUAUCAUUGACCAGUACGGUGAUAAGUGUGGAAGCAUUUUAG